AUGGCAGCGUUGGUUCAAACAAUUCCGCAACAGAGUGGCACGGUACCUGUUCUUCAGACGCGUCCUUCAUCCUCAUCAGGCACCUUCUCAACUCCAUCCCAGCAAGGCUCCCGUAUCCAGACUAUGUCUUGGACAUCAUUCAAUACUGGUAAUUCCGGGAGUUAUCGAGCGGGCCACCCGGUUGUGGCUCCAUAUGCCUACAAUCCAAACAUGGGCCAAUCCACCCAAAAUCGGCAGUCUUGGACACCACAUCUCCGACCAGAACAUCGCACCUUUUCCGCACCUACCACCCCUCAAGUGCCGGUGAAUCCGACCUACACCGGUGCCAGCCCCCGAUCCCCCCAUCUUGCAGCUGGUUCUGUAUCCAAUUCCUCUUCCCGUUCCUAUGUUUCCAAGGACGACAGCGCACUUCCCUCACGGCAACCCAGGAGCGACCAGCCGCUCCGUCCCCUUUCUACGGCCAACCUUCCCUCUCCCUCUAUGAACCUUCCUUCCCCGAAACCUUCACCGAAUCGGUAUCGCCGUACCCCUCAACGAGCGGAAGCCGCGGCCGCACCACCCUCGCCUGCGGCUCCCUCUGCAAUUCCGACCGUGACAGUUGAUGAUUUUGGUGGCCCUCGAGCAACUCGACCGAACAUUCAUAAUCGAGUUGCAAGUGUCGAUGAUUCAUCUCAUGUCGAAAAGGCCCAGCCUGAGCGAUAUCGACGAAGAAGCCUGGGCAAUAUGGAUGCCACAGCGUAUCCAAACUUGUCGCUGGAUUUCCCAACUCCGUCUUCUUCCCAAUCUCAAUCUCCAUCGGGAUCCUACGACUUCAUCACGUUUGAUACCAAUCAACGGCCUGCUUCCGCUCACUCUCAGCGGGACAGCGUGGGUAGCGUUCACUCAACACACUCGUCGGCCUCAUCGGUAGGAUCAUUUACAAGGACUCGUGGAAAUGAUACGGAGCUAACGGUGUCGGCUUCACAGGCACGAGAAGGGACACCAACGGAGUCCAACUCCGUCACUAGCAAGACCGGCAAGCCAGAAGACAAACGUACGAGCAAGCCGUCGCCAUUAUCCCAACCGGUAUCGACACAACCCGAAGCCCCCAAACCCAACCCUCCAGCCGAAACUCAAAAGAAGCCAACACCCCCUGCACCGGAGUCCCCCGCCGCAAAGCGUCUCAAUGAUUUGAAAAAUGAAACGAAGCGCCCUGGGAAAUCACGCUUAAGACGGGCUUUCUCCUUUGGCAGUGCUUCCGAGCUCCUCAAGACAUCUGCACAAAGCAAUGCUGCCAAGCGGGAAGCAUUUGCCGCAGAACAGGCGCGCCGUGAAGCUCUGAGGGAACAAUUGGGUCCGGAGCAGGCCGCCAUCGCCGAGCAACAGGAACUGAGCGGACUAGGUGAAAGCAUCUACUCCCAUCAAGGCCAUUUCUUCACCGGAUCCACCGAUAACCUGUCUGUAUCAUCGACCGCUUCAUCGGCUUCGAUGAUGCUUCGCAAGAUGGGUAAAGGUAUGAAGCGCUCCACUCGCUCAUUGGUUGGGAUGUUCCGUCCCAAAUCGGUGGCCAGCAUCAAUUCCAUGGAGGGUGCAGCUCCCGACGCUUCACCGCCGCAGAUCACUGUGGUGAACGUCGAGGCCGAACGAGAGAACGUCGCUGUCAACCCCGAUCCUGCAGAUCUGUCCCGUGGGGGAACUGUUUUCCCCAAGUUCGAGGGCAAUGCGGAUGUCAGGCGAUCCGCUUCCAUUCGAGAAAGAGCCGCAUCGGAAAACUCCCAGUCGCGUAAGAGCAUUGUAGGAGGAGACCGAGAACGGGCAGAGAUCCUGGCGGCCGUCCGGAAGGGCAUCUUGAAGAAAACUCACUCGGACCUCGGUGUCUCUUCGCCUGCAUACGCACUCGCCGGUGGUGACUCCCCGCAUUCAAGUGCUCCUGCAACACCCGAUGAGGCGUCCCGAUCUCCAGCCCACCAAAAUGACCCGGUCAAGAUUGCUGGGGAAGACUACUUCCUCUCGAGUGCAGGGCGGUUCUCGUCUUCUGAAGCCAAGAGUGCGCCCAUCACCCCGUCCAGUGUGGGCGGUCGAAACAUCGUCUUCAGUCCUCGCAUCCAGUUUCACGAAACCUGGCCUAGCGGCGAGUACGAUCGACGUGGAGAGAUUGCGACUUGCAAUCGUCUCACUCCUCUGCUCGCUCAGCAGAUUCGGGAGGAGAUCAAUAACUUCAAGAUGGAGAUGGAAGUCCAUGAGAAUUCCAAGAUCUACACACACUUCAUUUAA